UCUGCUGUAGGAAAGAUCUGUUGGGCAAGACGCAAAGUCCCCUGAGAUAUUUCUCCUGCUGCUAUCUGCAUGGCUGACUUGAGGUCCUUCAGGAGAAUCCCUGGUCCUCUUCAGCUGCUGCUGCUGCUAUUGUUGCUUCUUCCAUGGGAUCUGGUUGUUACAGGACAGAACAUAGAGGUAACCCAACUUCCGGAAACCAUAUCGGUGAAAGCUGGAGAGAAUCUCACUCUAAGGUGUACAUUGACUGGAGUCAAUAUACCUGGAAGCGUGCGGUGGUACAAAGGGCUGGACAGAAACCAGACCCCCAUUUACAGUGAUAAACAAGGAUCUUCCAACAGAGGGGUCAGGGUCAUCCCAGGAUCCAGCACGGACUUCAGCAUCAACAUCCAAAACGUCCGUCCUGAAGAUGGCGGGGCCUACUAUUGUGUGAAGUUCAGGGCAGGGAACCCAGAGAGAGAGCUGGCUUCGGGGAAAGGCACUCUGGUCUCCGUGAUCGCCAUGCCAUCCCAGCCCGUGGUUCUUGGCCCCACAAGAAGAAUCACGCCGGGGUCUCAGGCCUCCUUCAGCUGCUCCACAGGGGGAUUCUCCCCCCGAGAGAUCACGGUCAGCUGGUUGAAAGAUGGGAAAAAAAUACCGGGUGGCCAGACCAACAUCGUGAAUUCUGAUGAAAAGCAGAGCAUCUCGUACCGAGCGGAGAACACGGUGGAAAUCCUGCUGGAGCGAGGAGACGUGAAGUCUCAGCUGACCUGCCAAAUCCAACACAGAUCGUUGGAGGGUCGUGGUCCUCUCCAGCAGACCUUCACACUUGGGGAUGUCCUAAGAGUUCCUCCCAAGGUCCGUCUUGAGAUCAACCCACCUUCUCCUGUCCAGCUGAACUCCUCAGUGACGGUCACUUGCAACGCAGAAAGCUUUUAUCCAGAGGAUGCAAAAGUGGAGUUGUUUUCCAAGGAUGCCCAGGCCAGAAAAGGAAAGCUUGGCGUGAAGACCUCGAAUCCAGACGGGACUUUUUCCCUCAAGAGCAACCUAGAGAUGAUGGCCAACGAAGACAAGAACUCCUCCAUAUUCCUUUGCCAGGUCCAGCAUGAUUCCCAGCCUCUGGUCAACGAAACCGCUAGGCUCUUAAUCAGGAUGCAACUUGAAGACAACAGAAGUGUGGGCGGUCCUAUUGAAAGCUCACAGCUACUAUCCCUCCUUGUUCUCUGCAUCACACUUUUCCUGAGCAAAGCAGCCAUCCUUCUUUUCAUCUCUUGCCUCUUCCUAGUAAAAGUGUGUGGACGCAAGAGGACACAACCUCCUUCUGGAACAUUCCAGGAAGUGAAACCAUCUGAACUUUCAAGUUAGGGACUCAUGUUCCCCACAGAUUUUCAGGAUGAGAAAGGAUCCGAUUAGGGAAUCAGUAAUAAUAUUAUUAAAAUGCUUGUAUCAUGAGUGCUUCACUCUGCCAAAUGUAUAAAGUUAUACGGAGAUUAAAAAGAAAAAUAACGGGCAAUAUAGCUUAUUGUUAUGUAGAAAUGUAUAAGUGCACAGGGGGGAGAAUAGAGGGGUGGUAAAGUAUGUUAUAAUACAAUGUGGACGGAUUUCA